AUGGAGGAACUAGCUGCAGAAAUAAUGGAGAAACAUAUUUUACACUGGAACUGUCGGGGAUUUACGGAUCUCCCGGAGGAACUGAAGACUGCUGGACACCAACUACAAGAAAUUUAUCUUAAAUGGAAUUGCCUCGUGAGCUUACCCAGCUGGAUAACAAAUUUCAAGAAUCUGACAAAUUUGUAUCUUCAAUACAAUCAAAUAGAAAACUUGCCAGAUGAGCUGAGUCAAGUCUCAAAGCUCAAGGUCUUGGAUGUUUCAAACAAUAAAAUACAAGUUCUGCCAAGAGGAAUUGGUUGUCUAUCACAUUUGACUCAUCUACUAGCUUCUGACAAUACCUUAAAGUUCAUCCGUUGUGAAUUUCAGAUGCUGAAACUGCUGCAAGUUUUAGAUUUAAGAAAUAACAGCUUACAAAAUCUUCCUGAAGAUAUAUUAGAAUGUCAAGCACUGGAAGAAAUUGCCCUGGACAACAAUAAUUUGACUAUGUUACCUGACAAUAUUGUUUAUCUUCCUCUAUUAGAGAAUCUUUCAGUUUGCGGAAAUAAUCUCCUCUACUUGCCUCUCCAACCAUUUAUGUCAAACCCAACUUUUACUUUUGAAAAUAAUUUUAAUUUAAACUAUAUAUCGCUAUGGCUUGGACAGCAAAUCUCAUUUAACAACACGAGAGAAUUUAAUGACAAUGCAUGGAAUUUAUUGGGUGCACAGGGGUAUGUUUUGAAAUUACAGGAGGGAAAGGUCUCAACAUGUACUUACUACAAUGUUUUGAUAAAAAUUACUGUUCACAGGUGUUUUGAUAGAGAGAGUGUUCCUAUAAUGAGACAUGCGGAUAUAAUAGUAAAAGAAGAAACAUCAAAUAUACCUCUAACACUCCCACUUUCUUUGAAAAACAUAACAACUGGUCCUAACAACCAACCUUUAGUACCCUCGCUACUAGAGCUUGCUCUACGAGUGUCCUACAAUUUAGGCCAUCACCAGUUUAUUGAAAAAGAAGAGAGUCAUUGUGGUAGUAUAACUUACAGGUUGAAGAGGUGCAUCUUCAACAAUCCGGAUUACAAAUCUCUUCCUUUGGUCCUGCAGCAUAGGUUGAAAGUUGGCCCAGUAGGACUCUGUUACUGUUGCCAGGGUCCUGUAUUUACCUAUGGAAUCAUCUGGGUGAUCCUUAAAGACUAUUAUUGUGAAAGUUCAGCAGUCCGUCAGUUGUCUAAUGUCUUGUCAAUUGCUGUGUUUUGUUCAGUUUUGUGUAGUGUGUCUUAUUCCAAUUGGGAAAGACAAAGUGACAUUCAAUGGAAGUUGGAGCCACGGAAGUUGACUUGGUUUUGUGAAAAACGACAAAAAAAUUGAAUACAUAGGUUGUUUCUACUUUUUUUCUCGUUUCAUUUAAGGCUCAUCAUAUAAUUAUUGGUUUGAAAAUAAAAAAGGUUAAUCAUCAAA